CAACAACGGCUGAUGUUACAACAGCAGUUGCUGACACAACUACAGUGGCUGACGCAACUACGGCAGAUACUACAGCAGCUGAUGCUACAAGUACAGUGGCUGACACAACUACAGCUGAUGCUACAACAACAGUUGCUGAUGCAACAACGGCUGAUGCUACAACAACAGUAGCUGACACAACUACAGCAGCUGAUGCUACAACUACAGUGGCUGACACAACUGCAGCUGAUACUACAACAACAGUUGCUGAUGCAACAACGGCUGAUGUUACAACAGCAGUUGCUGACACAACUACAGUGGCUGACGCAACUACGGCAGAUUCUACAGCAGCUGAUGCUACAAGUACAGUGGCUGACACAACUAUAGCUGAUGCUACAACAACAGUUGCUGAUGCAACAACGGCUGAUGUUACAACAACAGUAGCUGACACAACUACAGUGGCUGACGCAACUACGGCAGAUACUACAGCAGCUGAUGCUACAACUACAGUGGCUGACACAACUGCAGCUGAUGCUACAACAACAGUUGCUGAUGCAACAACGGCUGAUGUUACAACAGCAGUUGCUGACACAACUACAGUGGCUGACGCAACUACGGCAGAUACUACAGCAGCUGAUGCUACAAGUACAGUGGCUGACUCAACUACAGCUGAUGCUACAACAACAGUUGCUGAUGCAACAACGGCUGAUGUUACAACAACAGUAGCUGACACAACUACAGUGGCUGACGCAACUACGGCAGAUUCUACAGCAGCUGAUGCUACAACUACAGUGGCUGACACAACUGCAGCUGAUGCUACAACAACAGUUGCUGAUGCAACAACGGCUGGUGUUACAACAGCAGUUGCUGACACAACUACUGUGGCUGACGCAACUACGGCAGAUACUACAGCAGCUGAUGCUACAAGUACAGUGGCUGACACAACUACAGCUGAUGCUACAACAACAGUUGCUGAUGCAACAACGGCUGAUGUUACAACAACAGUAGCUGACACAACUACAGUGGCUGACGCAACUACGGC